GGUGUUCCCAUUUCUUUCCCUCAUAAACCAUAUACCUGUCAACUAUCAAUGAUGAAUAGAAUAGUGGAAUCGUUACAAAACAGGAAAAAUUGCCUCUUAGAAUCACCUACUGGUACGGGUAAAACUUUGGCCCUACUUUGCGCUUCUUUAGGAUGGCUUAGUCACAAAUAUGGUAAGAUUACUGGCUGCGCUUACAAUCGAACACUUCCCACACCUCUGGUGCUCUUAAAGGUAAUGAUGAACUCAUUAUAUUUGGACAUAGUCACAUGCAGUCAUUGCAAUGAAUCGGAAUCACCCUAUAUAGAUGGUGACUUUGUUGAGGAUAACUGGAACCUAAAAUGCUGUUGUGACAAGCAAGAACCUGAUGAAAAAAUUCCUCAGAUAUAUUUUGGAACUCGAACACACAAGCAAAUAACUCAAAUAAUUCGCGAACUAUCCAAAACAAAGUAUAAAACUACAAAAAUGUCUAUUUUGGCGAGCCGUCAGCAUACAUGUAUUCAUCCACGUAUUGCCAAAAGUGAUAAUGUCACUGAUAACUGUCAAAACAUGCUACUAAAUGGAAUGUGCCCAUAUGAUAAGCCUAAAGGUGUCGUCAAACUCCAACGUGCCCUCGCGCAUCUUGAAAGAAAUGGAACUUGGGAUAUAGAAGAUCUCGUAGAUGCUCUGACUCCCGUUCCUUCCUGUCCUUAUUUUACUGCAAGAAAGUUAUCACAAACUGCGCACAUUGUGUUUUGUCCGUAUAACUAUAUCCUGGAUCCUGUGCUCCGUGAUACUGUGUCAAUUGCUCUUGAAGGAAAUAUAUUUAUUUUUGAUGAAGCGCAUAAUAUUGAAGAAGCAUGUAGAGAAUCUUCCUCUCUUACACUCACUGAUGGACAACUUAAAUUAGCAAACGAGGAUUUACUACGUCUUAUAGACCAAUUUGACUGUCACACUGUGCAAGUACAUGCAUUACAAAAUAUGCUUUCUGGAAUUAGCCAGUUAAUGCAGCUUACUCGGUCUCGCCUUGUUAGUCUGGGGGAAACAGCGGAAUCCAGUCAAGUAUGGUCGGGCCACGAGAUUGCCGCUCUCAUGAGUACUGUAUCCCUUGGCCCAAAAGAGAUAAAAAAGACCCAUGAACAUUUCAAUAAACUUUCCUCCGAUCAAAAUACACGACCAUCCAAGGAGAACAAAGAUGACGACCAAUUGAAAUUAAGAUCGGCUACCUCUACCCUAUUUAAAUCACUGUUUACUCUCCUGGAAUUCCUGUACAGGAAUGAUAUGCAUCACUUGGACGAUUAUCGUGUUGUACUUACGGAAACAAUUUCUUAUGUAAGAACAAGUGAAGGUGCCUUCGACUCUGAUAUAACAAGCUUGUCUCAAAAUUUGUCUUUUAAGAAGUCAAGAAUGGAUCUUUUAAUGUGA